AUGAUGAAUGAAGUGAGUUUUUCAAAAGAUUUGAAAGCUAAUAGAACUGUUUUUUUAGAAGGAUUCCUGUGUUCCAGAUCAUCCUGGAUUUCGUGGCCCCUGGCUUUCCUGCUGCAGGGCGUCUUCGACGACCUGGCUGAUGACCCAGCCCUUCCUGUCAGGUUCCGCAAUUGGAACACGACCUUGAGACUGAAGGGAACCUCCCCAUCGCGAAUCGUCGAGAAGGUCAUCGAACGGAGGUCGCCUCAGCCCUCGCCCAGCACCUCGCCCAUUCCAGACCAGCAGCAGCAGCAGCAGCAUCCAGGACCCUGCUGCACCGCCCAUGCCAUAGUAGGGCACCGAUCUCCCGUCCGUCAGCGCUGCAGAGCCCACACCGCGGCCAACUGCGGCUGCGAGUCUCCAGUGAAGCCGAAGACAGUGUCCGUCUCGCCGAGCAAGAGGAAUGGGCCCACGUCGCAAGCCAACGGGAAAUGUUAGAACUCAAGUUAUAAUUACUGGUGAUGGCCGGCAAAUACCAAAAAAGUAUCCAGCGUUUUUUUUUUUUUCUGUUUGUGACGUGCUUCGUUCAUCGCUUUGGGAUGAAAGGUGUCUGGGUCCAUGUUCAAGUGGCUUUUUAAGUAUUCAACACUGCACGGGGGCAGGGAGGACCACUGCCACGAAUAUUCAAAAUUCGUGUAUCAGACCACAAUCCCUACCGCUGCGUUGCUGCAUUGUCAAGAGGUAAACCUUUCACGCACAUGCAUUUAUAUAUACAUAUAUACAUACAUUGGCUUAAAAGGUUCAUUAUAUAGGUAGGCUAACAAAAUUAUAUUCAUACAUUGGCUUAAAAGGUUCAUUAUAUAGGUUGGUUAAAAAAUUAUGUACAUACAUUGGCCUUAAAGGUUCAUUAUGUAGGAAGGUUAAAAAAAUUAUAUACAUACAUUGGCUUAAAAGGUUCAUUACAUAGGUAGGUUAAAAAAAUUAUAUACAUACAUUGGCUUAAAACGUUCAUUAUAUAGGUUGGUUAAAAAAUUAUAUACAUACAUUGGCCUUAAAGGUUCAUUAUAUAGGUUGGUUAAAGAAUUAUGUACAUACAUUGGCUUAAAAGGUUCUUUAUAUAGGUAAGUUUAAAAAAUUAUAUACAUACAUUGGCUUAAAAGGUUCAUUAUAUAGGUAGGUUAAAAAAUGUGUAUACAUACAUUGGCUUAAAAGGUUCAUUAUAUGGGUAGGUUAAAAAAAAAAUUAUCUAUCACAAAGAUGGAUUCUCAGCCAACAUUAUUAACUUCCAGUCUUCCUUAUUUCAGGUAACAAUGAAUCAUUUAGGUAAAGAAAUAUACAUCUGUCUGUUAUGAAUUUUGCUUUCUUUAGCAUUCUAAAAUUUCUCAUUUGUAUAUAUUCUAUGAAUAGUCCUAUUGUAGCCUCUUCCCUCAAUUGUUAUACUAAUUCCAUUUCCAAUCAUUUCUACAGACCACUCUCUCUGUUGCAACCUCUUCUCAUA